AUGGCCGAUCCCGUGGGCCAAGCCGGGACAAUCCACUCACGGUCCUCCGCACCACGGGUCCGCCUCACCUGCGAAGCAUGUCGCCAGCGCAAGGUAAAAUGCGACAAGUCAAGUCCUUGCACAAGCUGUCAGCGACUUGGCCUCGUGUGUAUUCCUGUGGAACGUGCGCGUCUGCCGCGCGGUCGCACGCGAAAACCCGAGCGGAUUGUAGGCUCGGAUAAAGAAUUGUCUGAGCGGGUAGCGAGACUCGAAAAACUUCUGAAAACAGUGGCCAAUGAGAGAGAAAAUGAACACCUUUCUUCGACUAUUCCUACGCCCGCGUAUUCAUACAAGCAAGAAUCGGCGGCAGAAGCUAGCACCGCCGGUCCUGAUAUCCGGCAAGAUCAUGAUGACUAUUUGCCCAGUGCAGGUCAGCCACAUCUUCCUGGCCCUGCAACUGCGUAUGUGGGGGGCUACUUUUGGGAGGAUAUUAUGCAGCAGACCCAAGAAUUACGCAGUGUCCUGGAAGGUCGUCUAGAAAAUGAAGAUCACAAUGUUACAGAUUCGGCAUAUGGUUUUGGCACAUCGCUUGUGAGCUCAGAAAGCCCCGAAAGCUCAUCGAGCUCACCUCAAGCCAACAAAUCGUUAAAUCUUCAACCUCAAAUCCGACACAGGUUAUGUGACAUUUUCUUCCACAACGUCGAUCCUCUAUUCAAAAUUUUACAUCGACCGUCGCUACAAGCAUUCCUUAAGGAUGGCAAACCUUAUCUUGACUAUGAUCAGGAUCACCAGGCCCCAGCCACCCUUGCUUCGGCGAUGUAUCUUUGCGCCGUGUGCACUCUGGACGAAGUGGAAUGCCAGUCAAUGUUCAACGCGAGCAAAAAGACAAUAGUCGCAGAAUUUCAGAAAGAAACUGAGCUUGCGCUCGCAAGGGCAGACUUUGUCACGACGAAUGAUCUCACUGUCCUGCAAGCUUAUAUUAUCUCUCUGCUCGCCGCACGAUGUCAAGACCAAAGCCGAAGGGUCUGGACUAUGUUGAGCAUGGCACUCAGAGUAGGCCAGGCACUAUCUCUCCACGUGCGCCAGCCCCCAUUCACCGUCCGCCCCUUUGAGAACGAGAUGCGCAAACGCGCAUGGCUAGGGAUUGGCCUUCUCGAUGUGGCAGCCUCUUUAGACAGGGCAUCCGAGCCGAUGAUGCAAUCCGCCUGGCUCGAUUACAACCUGCCGUCGAAUAUCAACGACGAUGACCUAUGGUUUGACAUGCCAGGGCCAAUCCCCGAACACAUAGAAGGCAAAUUCACCGACAUGACGCACACCUUGGUUAUCGCAGCGUCAUCAUCCGUGACCCGAACCCUUGCCUUUUCGGACCUCAGCGAGCCAGCCGUGACCAUCAUGAGCUUGCGACAGCAAGUAGUCCACGACUUCCAACAAAAAGCAUCAGACCUUCUGAGAGGUUGUAGGCCCGAUCUAUCGGACUUCCAGUGGUACGCGCAAAAGACAGCGGGGGUUAUGGGUAGCUGGCUGCAGUUAGCCUGCCUCCGGCCGCUAAAACGAAGCCGGGACUUCAUACCUCCAAAGAUUCAAGAGAACGUCCUCCUCAAAAUCGCAGCCGAUAAUCUGCUUUGGUCGCAGGAGGCAUACAACUACCCAGGCGCCGGGCCUUGGCGAUGGUACGGCUCUAUGUGGGUUCCAUGGCAUGCAUUGGCUGUGGCCCUUGCCGAACUUUGCGUCUGCAAAAGUCCCGCGGUGUUGUUAAAGUACUGGACCGUCGUUGAAGAAGUUUACCAGCGCUCGCGGCUCAUAAUUGCAGAUUCUCAGCACGGGAUGCUCUGGAGGCCUUUGGAGAGGCUCAUGUCACAGGCGAAAAUGCGGAGAAUCGAGCUUCUCGGCGACGAUCCUUCUCGUUACCCCGUGUAUUUCGAGGGUAUGUGUUCCGAGUUAUUGAGACAAUCUCAACGUUCACAGGGUCUCGAGGAAUUUUCGCUUGGUUUCCGAGAGGCCAUCGAUGAACCGCGAGCGACGCAAAUCGCGGAAGUGCCGACUUCUUUUGCGCCGGUGCCCUGGCCCAAUGUGUGGGAUGCGAUGGAUCUUAGUGACCCGACCUUGCGAAGUAGCCCCGAUGACACGGCUUGGCUGAGCUAUGAGAACUUUAUCGAGAAUGUUUACGAUAGCGUUGAUUCCAUUUUCUUGCCGCGGUGA